AGACGCUCGUGGGUGGUUCUGGCGCUCGUUGUCACAUCGACGCUGUCAUGGUCUGGUGGCGAUGGAGACGCUUUGAAAAAGGAAUGGACACCGCAGCUGGAAGCAGGCAAGCGGACCGUGCUUUUUGGUUCUGUGUUUGGGGGGUUUGGAACGGGUAUAUAGUCGCAAUUGUUUGAAAUAUAGUGAGGUUUUGAUUGGUUUCUGCUUGGCAAGGAAGAACUGAAUACCAUACAGCCGCAGGAAUUCAUUCAGGAAAUACUGGUCCUUCAAUUUUGGACCGCGGAAUCACUGGCUUUUUGACAUGCUCGGCGGGUUCUCGCGACCGUUGAUUGACCCACAGCCAGUUGAGUCCACGCCACUUCAGGCGGAGAUCCAAUGUCGGACUCCCGGGCUCCCUCGGGGGUCCGCCAGUGUGCAGUAUGCAGUCUGCAAACCUUCCCCUCGUAAAGAGGGGACCGUCCCCUCUCCGUCCACUCAAAGGGUUUUGUUUGGCACCAGAGCAUGCUGAGCAAGCACCUCUUCAGAGGCAACUCAUCCUUCAAAGCUGUUGGCUGGAGGGUUCAUCAGCUUUUCACCACACCAGUCGGCACCUUCGUCACCGGUCGACUCAUGCUCCUCUUCGGAUGCAGCCAUCCUGGAACAGGCGGAGACUCGGGAGAUGGGAAAGCAUCGGAUUGGUUGCCUUUUGCCAGGGCUGGUCCUCCGUGGACUUCCGCCGAGGUGGACAUGACUACCGCGUGACCUUGGGCACGGCCAGCCGUCUUCAGGAGGCUUGUGCCGGAAAGCCCUGCGACGCAGAGCAGGUGAACCAGCAGACGGGAGCCAAACGCCGGGUGAAGAGGUGGCCCUCCUGGGCGCAGAAGCAGUCGUUCGAGCAGCAAUGGGCCAUGCAGGCGAUCCAAAACUGGGAGAACUGGAACGGUGCCGAUUGGGCCUGGCUACUGGACGUGAACACGCUUGUGCCUCCCAGCACGGAGUCUCCUCCACGACGGAGCUACGUGCUGGGUUGCUCCACCUUUCAGAGCGAGUUCUGGCCGCCGAUCCUACGGCAGUGGCCCAAGGAGAAUUUGAUGUGCGCCGCACAUCCGCAAGGGGAGCGCUGUAACUUUGCACUUCAACGCUUGACAGCGCCUGCGCUGACAGAGUCUAAGUGCAAAGCUAGCCCGCAGGAGUGGAAUGCUUUGCAAGAGCUUUGGCAGCAAGGGGGUCGCGGCUCGAAGCUCUUGGCCGCCUUUCGGGUGCAGAAUCGAGGGCUCAUCGAAGCCUUCACCGCGCAGCAGCAGGUCAUGCAGAGACGCCUGGCUGAGGACCACAGCGAUGCACAUGCCCAAUCACUCGGAGUGCGGCUCCUAUGGCAUGGCACCCGGACUGUGCAAGGAUUGUUGGAUAUCUGUCGUGAUGGUUUUGACCGAGCCCGUGCACAAACCUGCGCCUAUGGCAAGGGUUGCUACUUUGCGAGCUCGGCCAACUAUUCGGACCGUUACGCCUGCGAUGUUCGUCUUCCAAGGUCUGACCUGUAUCCUCGUGUCCGUGCAGUGUUCUUAGCUGCAGUGCUGGUGGGUGACUGCGUGGUGGGCGCCAGCAACAUGUACCCUCCGCCCCAGAAGCCACAUUCGGCCAGUGGAGAGCGCUACGAGAAUGCAUGCGACCGACUUCCCAAUCCGAGCAUUUUUGUGACCUUCAAGGACCACCAAGCUUUGCCUCUCUACAUCAUGUUAUAUGAGUGACUGAGCCAAUGAACUACGCCAUCCGAUGCCCUCUUCAAGCCGUCUUUGUGCCGCUGUUCUCUCAACGGCACGGCUUUACCACGACUGGAUUGGGAAUGAAACCAUUCCCUUGAGAUCAGAUGGUCAAAGAAAACGCACACUUCAU